CCCAAGUUCUUCUCUUAUUGUUCUAUUUUUUUUCCCCCACGUUUUCCGCACGCAAACGCAUCUAUCUUCUUUAGCAGCAUCACUGGUUAAUGGCGAUCGCAGCUACAACGGAAGGAGGAGAAGAUCAGCGCGAUGCCUAGCCCAUCUUCUUUCUCCCCCAAGUUUUCUUUCGCCAUUGCUUUCUCCUUCUCCCUUGCCCUCUCAUCCUCUUCCCACUCUCCCCUCCCCUUUCUCCCCAAAUUCCCCACCAAUCUCUCCCUUGAGCUAUUUUCCUCUCACUCUUCAGCCUCGCGCCAUUCUUCGCCUUCUCCUUCCCAAAGUAUCGCCGCAGAUAUUCUCUCUCUUUUGGGAAGUAAGCACGACGCCGGCCGAAUCCCCCGAGAUGAGGCGCGCCAGAUUCGAUCUUGCCUCCGAUUUCUCGUCCCUCCAGCUUCCGAUUCCUUAAAGGGAAGGCGGAAGAUCUCGGAAAAGCUGAUAAGGACGAAGCUGGAUGAGGAGAAUGAGAUGGUCUGGUGGCCACCGGCCCCGGUAAUGGAGCUUGCUCGUCUCGCCGUUGACUCUGGCGGGGACCCUGGAACCAUCCAGCGGUCGUUGGAUCCAACGAAGCUGCUGGUUCCAGAUGUUGAGGAUUUGAAGAAGGAUAAAUGUGAACUAACAAGAACCCCAAAUGGGUAUCGCUUUGCAAAUAAGGAUUUGAACUCUUACUUUGAAUUUCUAUUUGAACUGAUUGUGGAACGGGCACCUUCUGUGGGUAUGAAUGUGUCACUCAAUCGGUAUGACUUGUUCCAUGGACAUCUUUUCCUUGCCAGUGAUUCUGGAAGACUAGGUAUAUUGUUUCAUGCCAGAGAGUAUCCAGCAUAUGAAAGGAAAAGGUUCCCUUAUAAUUUGGGCUUUUGUCAAACAGGAUCAACCGUGAUAUAUGAUGAUUCCAUGAAUUUGAGGAACAUACUUUGGCUCGCACCAUUGCCUUCAAAUGUUACAAAAGCCUGGUUGGCCCCAGGAACCCUGGUAGUACUGGAUGCUCAUCCUGGAGGAGUCAUUUACGAGAAACUCGUCCCAGACUAUGUGGACUUUGUGAGGACAAUUUAUGAAGAUGAUUUUGGUGAUGUUGUGGUUGAUGUCAAUUACAUGAACCUUGAUAAUGUCGCCCCUGGAGAGAGAAUCUUCAUCUGCUAGAAUCAUAAUGGUCAGUGGUUUCCAUUUCUACCUGUGAAAUCUGAUUGAAAUUGUAUAUACUUAAUCCCUCAUUUAAUGGUUGGUUUGGUCAAGUCAAGUCAAGUCAAGUCAUUCUCUUAGCAACCAGCUUCUUUAUGAAAUCAUCUUUACUGAUAGAUAAACUAGUUUGAAAGCUUAAUCAUUGCUGCCCACAUAUGUUGCUAAUUAGACUCUUCA